UCAAAACUAAGCAGCCAAAAGAGAGAAAAAGCAUAAUUAUUUUGCUUGACUCAGUUGACAUAAGAGUAGUUAACGCAUAUGGUCAUCAAGCCAGGUGGACAAGCCAAUUCGCGUGAUUGAUGUUUUGUUUAACUAUCGCAAAUUCACGGUUUUUUUGUUGCAUGUAGUGUUAUUUAUAGUCGCGGAUCCGUUUCAAGCAACAAAAUGGCAAACUCCCGCCAACAUGCACAUUCAGUGGGCAAACGCGCUUUCUGGACUGAAUUCUUUGCGUUGUAUGAAAGUUUGCCUGCAUUAUGGGACCUAAAUGACCCUUCGUACAAAGAUAAACAAAGUAGGGCACAUGGCUAUGAGAUAUUGGUUAUGAAAAUGCGCGAAAUCGAUCCGAGCGCUUGCCGUGAGGACGUGCUCCGAAAAAUAAAUAUCUUCCGCACAAAUUAUCGACGUGAAUGCACACGAAUUAAAGCGAGCAAUCGAAUGGGCAAAAUGUAUACAACUUCGCUUUGGUACUUUCACAUGCUGAAUUUUUUACAUAGUCAAGAGUUCCGUAAGGAUAGGAGACGGAUGCCGAAUGAGGAAAAGAAAAUUUUGCGUCGCAUGGGAAGUAAAACAACGCCUCUACAUUCGGAAAUCGAUACUGUAAAUUCAAAUGUUUCUGAUUCUUCUCAAACGUUGCCAGACAACUCCAGUGAAUACAAACACCAGCUUGCCAAAUAUGAAUGCAUAACGGCCAAUAGAAAUGAGUCAGAAGAAUAUUUAGAAGCAGUGCAAUAUGCAGAUGAAAAUUCAUUUCAGCAGCAAUUUCAGAAACAGUUUCAUACGCCGAUUUACGAAGAAACAAAAGUUGAUGCCGAAACCUUUCACGAAAUUAGCAACAUAGACGAUACAUCUCAUAUUCAAGACGAUACCCUAGAAGAGCUUGAACCUGUGGAACUUCCAGAGCAACUAAUAAAAUUUAGAAAACACACGAAAACUCCUAUAAUAUCAAUAAAGUCUGAUCCCAAACAACGCGUUAAGCGACAAUCUCGACCUAGUCGUGCAAUAAGCGAGGUUUCAAAUAUAUUAGCCAAGUCGUGGGCUAUACAGUAUGAAGAAAUGUCGCAAGAGCAGCGAAUAUAUGCCCGAAAGGCAAUUUCCGAAAUACUUUUUCAAGGUUGCCUUGGAAAUUUAGGACGUCAACGAAGUAUUCAACCAAAAACAAAUACGUCAGAGGCAGUGGUUUCAUCACAAUAUGAACAGGCUAAUAUUAUGGAAGACCACUCUGCUACCGAUACCGUGGAUGAGGAAAAAUUACUAUAUAUGGACGAUGACAGUGAAACUUACGUUUACGCUGAUGGAGACACUGCAGUGCAGCUACAAGAAUACAUGCAUUGAUUUAGCUGCAUAUAUAUGUGGAUAUUAUAAAUGCUCAAAGCCAUUUUAAUUUAGGUUUAGUGUAUUAAAUAAUAUUUGCGAAUUUUGCUCAAGCUUUCAAAAAUAUAAAACUUGUAUAUUUAACUUGAUAUUUGUUGCAUUCCCGGCGCAUGUACUUCAACAGAUUAUCAAUAUCCGUCAAUCGCCCACUGCUUUUGGGUUUCCUUUUCACUUUUUACCGAUUUAUGAUAUUGUCAAACUUUUACAUUUGUUUUCGUAUUUUUUUUGGAUGUGUUUAUUUUUUUUAUCCGAGAAAGAACAGCACAGAAAAUGUUAACCAUUAACCAUAGCAAACAAUACAUUACGGUUUUGACGCAAUGCUGAAUAAUUUUUAUUUUAUUAAAACAAUAGUUCAUUGUUAAUUUGAUUAGUUUAGGAUAGUUUAGCAAAUGAGUGUAAGUUCCAUGAAUGAAUAAAAUGUAUUAUAUAUUAAUAUCAGAAAAAUUUU